UGACAGAAAAAAAAAUUGUCAACAUGACAGCGUUGUUCUAUGAAACCAAUAAUUGAUAACAAAAAUGUAGCUUUAUUUUCGCGCACUUUAAUUAACAUGCUGUAGUACUCAUCUGUAAAAUUAAGACAUUCAUGUUAAAUAUUUAUUUUUUGGCUGUCGCUGCACAGGAUGGCUGUGUCUCGCCCAGACCAGUCCCCACUUGUGCACAGCUUGGCUACUCUUCUACGUGAAAAUGGUGACAAGGUGCUGGAUGGUAGCAGCACACUGACCUUGCCAGCUGCAAACUUGCAGCAGCUCACUCGGCUUUUUGAACAGUACUUGCUGCCCAGGAGCCAGCAGCAUGGGUUCCUGGCGCUGCCCUCCCACCCAGCUGACACCGCUUCCCUGUUACAGCUACAGUUCCUGUUCGACAUGUUGCAGAAGACCGUCUCCCUCAAGCUCAUCAACCCACCCGGAGUGAGACUACAGUCUGUGCUGAAAAUCUUCCCUUUCAAGUCUUUGAAGUGUUUGGAGCUGAAGAGAAUCCCUCCACACCUCCUGGAGGGACUCAGAGGAGUGUAUUCCCAGCUGGAGGUUUUUACUUGCUCAAAAAGCCUCGGCUCCCUGGAGGAGCUGCUUUCUCUGUGUGGAGGAGAUCUGAGUUCAGCACUGCCUUGGCUGGAACUUCACACCCUGAAUUUUAGCUACAACUCAAUUGUCUGUCUUGACCAGUCACUAAGUUUACUGAAUGUCCUGAAAUCUUUGGAUCUAAGCCAUAACAAGAUUCAGGAAUGUGCUGAAUUUCUAAAGCCCUUGAGUGAGCUGGAGCACUUGAACCUGGGCUACAACUGCCUGCAGAGGGCGCCAACGCUGGCUCUGAGUGCCAGAGCCAAGCUCUUCACACUCAUCCUCAGGAACAAUGAGCUGGAAACCAUUAACGGUGUGGAGCAGUUGUCUUCGCUCCAGCAUUUAGAUCUGGCCUACAACCUGCUGUUGGAGCACUCCCAGCUGGCUCCUCUGUCCUUGUUGCACUGCCUCAGCACAUUGAACUUGGAAGGAAACCCGCUGUACUUUCAGAAGGGCCACCGCACCUGCACUGUCCGACAUCUCUCCCCAAAGGCUGCCAGCCUCAGACUCAGACUUGAUGGUACCCCUUUGUCCUCUUCUGAACUAUCAGUUUUGCCGAAGCCAGGCCGGCUGGUCAUCCAAGUGCAGACACCACCCGCAGUUACUUUUCCACCCGAACGGAGUAAUCAGGAAGUUUCCAGUGGAGCAGGGGAGCUGAGCGACAGCGUAUCUGUUGGAGAAGUUGGGGUGUCACGCUUGCGGAUAAGGAAAUCUAGGAGUAAAGUGAAAGUGAGGAGGGCCAGCAUAUCUGAACCAAGUGAUACCGAUUAUGAGCCCAGACCCCCUUCCUCUAUUCUGGGCAUUGAUCUUCCUCACCAGCAGGAGAUUGAGCGAAUGUCCAGUUUCAGGGAGCAGCUGGGGGAAGACUGGCUAAGAUACCAACACCAUCUAGAUGGAGGACCACCCCCUACUAUCACCACCACUGUCAAUACAAACCUGCCAGCCUCUCAAUCUCAAACAAUUACCAAUGGCCUCCGUUCCUCCAUCCAGUGUCCACCCACCGAUCCUAGCCAGCAGCCAUGUCUGUCGCAUUCUGUAGAAGUCCUGGUGGACCUCCCGCCACCGAUUCUGUCCUCAGAACCCAAAAUGGAGACAAAUGAUAUGGAGCAAGAUGUAGAAACAGAGUCUACCUUACAGUGGCCCAGUUACAGCAUUCAACACACGGAAUCUACCCUGGAGGGUAGCAUGGUGGAUGGCCUCAUGGUGGGGCAGGAGUCAACUCCAGAUUCCCAGAAGUCUGAUAACGCAGCAAGUCAUGAAGAAAAGGAUGAUUUAGGAGUGGAUCUGUGUCACCCCCUUCUUGUUGGAGUCCUAUCUGACAAAGAGGAAGACAGCAAAGGUCAAGGGGAAAGGAAGGAGCAAAGCGAGGUGUUCCUGCGUGUCAAGCGUGGCCUGGUGCUGGAAGUGGACAUACAGCACGGCCAGGAGAGAUGUCGUCUGGAGCUGGACAGCUUGGCCCGGGUGAAGACCACAGAGGCAGUGUGGACCAAAGGGGACGAUGAGAAGCUGCUUCCAGCAGUGGAGCUACAUUUCGAUUACAUCAACAAGGCGAAACAGAGGAGAUGCUACGUCCUGCUGGAUGAUGACCCGCAGCAGGUGGCACAGGAUCUGACCGAUAUAUUGUCUCAUGUGGCGGAGGAAAACAAACGCCGUGACUCUGUACUCGGCCCCAGCUGCGUCCGUCUGCAGUGCCUUCGUUGCAGGUCAGAGUUCGCACCUCAGGGUGAGGCUGGUGAAGAGGUGGCUGGAGGAGGAGUAAGGAGGAGAGAGGCCGUGAUGCUAACAGAGGCUGGGAAAGAACUGCAUAUGGAGGAGACGGUGGAAGUGGAUUGUGAUGGUUGUGAAGGAAAAAGUCACAUUUGUCCAGAAUGCGGUAGUGACCAUGUGGUUCAAGUGGUGGACCAAUCAGCUCCCUACAGCAGUACACCAAUCCAUGGUUCACCAAACCCUGACGCCGAAAACAACCUUCCUGAUAAUAUCCAGAUCAACUUGGGCUCCAACAAGGAUGAUUACACAGAUGCCAGUAAUAGCAGCAGUCCCAUCCUCGAAACUGCCACCACUACAGGAGAUGCCACAUUUGUCACAGCCCAAGGAAGCUCCUUCUUUAUUGGGGAUGGUCUUGGUGAUACCAGCAGCCUCUCCUACAACACAGGCUGCCAAAGUAAAGAGGAGCUAGCAGGAAGCUACCACUACUCCCCUACUGGUUGUACACCGCCUCAAGUCAAACCCACAAGCCGAUUCACACCUAAAGAUGAUUUGGAUCUAUUGUCGGAGGACUACGAGGUGGUGGAUCAUCGGCUAAAGCUUUUCUUGGAUGUCGAGGUCUUUGAAGAGGAAGAGGAGCUUCAAUCUUACCUCAAGAUGUCAGCUGUUAAAUUUGGGGAGCCAGAGGAAGUUCCUGCACUGUUGGUUGUGUCUAAUCUGCGGCUCUAUUUCCUGGAAAUGACAUCAGAUGGCAACAGAGGCCCGCUCACUGAUUGGCUGCAGAAGAAGGACAGCUACCCAAUCAUAGAUCUCAGCUACCUGGAGGUGGGGCUGGGCUCGCAGAGCAUCCACAUGGAGUUUGGAAACAAAGAUGUGGCCUACACACUUCUUGUGAGGGACAAUGCACGCUGCAAACGCUUCUUUGGCCUCUUAACAGGAAUUGUUCGUGAGAUGGCCCACAAAUCAGACAGCAAGCUGCAGUCCAUCUCGACCACAAGACUCUCCCCGCAGCACCACCUCUGGCCUCUAGUGUGUGAAGAUAUCCAGGCAGAUGUGGAGGAUGGACAGCUGCAGUUCUUCUACAUUCUGGCUUUUGUCUUGCAAGAGGACAUGUGGACACCUUUGACAGUUCUAGCGACCCGUGAGACCCUUUACCUGCUCAAAGAGGAUCACCAGUGGAGGAAAACCAGUUUAACAGCGAAUGAAAACAACGACCCGAACAGUGGCAGCAGCACUGUCUUGGAAACUCUGCCGAUUAGCUGCGUGAGCUCAGUUCUAGUGUGGCCGUCAGACCAAUGCAGGAUUGAUUUUAAACUUUACGAUGAGACUGUGAAACAGGAGAAGACGUGGUGUGUGCGCUCGGAGAGCGCUGAGCUCCUUCAGGGUCUGCUGGCCUGGGUCAGGGCACAGUGGGAGGCCAUGUUCGGAGUAAAACUGCACACAAGCCUGCAAGACAAAGCUGCAUAAUGGAGGAAGGCACAAAAAAAACUAAAAAAAAAAGAAGUUGUAGACUGUGUGUGUGUUUUGAAAAGUCUGCGUCGGUGCUGGGAAAAAGUUUAGUGAGCAUGAGCGAAUGUGUCUUUAUUUUCUCUCUACAGUCUGCACUCAGUCUGGUCCCAUUACGCUUGUUGCUUUAAGCCAAGAGCUUGGAAAUGAUUGCACUCAUUCAUGUGGCACACAAGCCUAUAAAAGCUCUGGUUGCAUAAUUUCUCCCCCAGAAAAACCAUCCCACUGAACUUUUUCUACAACUGAAACGGAAUGUGCCUUGUUGUUUUUUUGCAGAUGCCAUGUUCUCCUAUUGAAACCUUAAUGUGUAUCAUGUUCUCAAAUCACCUAGAGCAAAUUUGGCCGUCUGGAAUUAAGGGCAUGAAGUUUGGCGGGGAUAAAAUGGUCCAAGGAUUCGUUGAGAAGUAAUGCAAUGGGCCUAAAAUAUGUCCAACCCCGCUUGUAAAGCUAAACAAGCUCCUUUGCUGUCUGAGUGAACAGAGAGUUAAGGCAUCACACGCUUCACACGAGGCUAGGGGGGGGGGGGGGGGUGCCUCUAAAUGCCCCAGACACCCUUGUGCAGGGAUACCUCAAACAUAUUGCCCCUAAUUUGAGUCUUGUUACAAAUUUAACUUAUCACAUAUAAACAGAAGCUGUUCUUUUGUUAGUUUCCUACGUGAUUUUUUUUUUUAAUUUUCAGAGCGAAUCAGGCCACGAUCAGGACUCUUUAAGGCUGAUUGUUGAGGUAAUACACCAGUUUUAAAGCUAAUAAGGAACUAUUACAGCUGUGUGAAUUAUACAUGUAACUGCAAUAUGAAACUGUACACACCACCAGGUACAGAGGCAGUUAAAACCAUAAUGAAACCUUCAUUGUUAAUUAAGCUUAACUCCAACUUCAUUUACGUCUUCGUCCUUGUUUUUCAAUCAGGAACUUGUGCAGAAUGCUUUCAUUUAUUUUUAUAUAAAUGUAUCAUGUACAUGUGUGAAUAUAAAAGUUGCGUGUUUA